GAAAAGAGAAGUGAAGAUGGCGGAGGGAGUUAGGUGACCAAGGCCCCACUUCCUCUCUGCUUCCUGCUAAUUAGUCAGCUCGUACGGCCCUCCCUCGUUGCUUUCGAUUUUCCCUCUUUAAUUUAUUUCACUCUCCGUCUCUCUGCAAAUCUUCCAAACACUCGCAUUGAUCGAAGAAGCAAACUCGGAACUUCACUGCACCUCAACAUCUCCGUUUCAUGGGCACUCUAUCGCACGCGAUCGCCCCGUCGGGACUCGCCGUCCACCACCGCGCUUCUCACCGAUUCUCUCCGCCGUCUCUGAGACUACUGACUACUUCCGGGGGAGUCGCCAAGAACAGCAACCGCAUCUUCGCCCAGAGCAAGAGCCAGAGCCGGCAGCAGAUUGAUUUCAGCGAUCCCGACUGGAAAUCCAGGUUCCAGAGGGAUUUCGAGAAGCGGUUCAACAUCCCUCACAUCACUGAUGUUUUCCCUGACUCCGUUCCCAUUCCUUCCACCUUCUGCUUAAGGAUGAGGACUCCGGUGAUCGAAGACUUUGCAGGUGGGUACCCGUCGGACGAAGAGUGGCACGGGUACAUAAAUAACAAUGACCGGGUACUCCUUAAGACUAUAUACUACUCGUCGCAUACGUCUGCUGGUGCUGAAUGCAUUGAUCCUAAUUGUACUUGGGUGGAGCAAUGGGUUCAUCGUGCUGGGCCUCGGGAAAAAAUAUAUUUUAAACCAGAAGCAGUGAAAGCAGCAAUUGUAACAUGCGGAGGGCUCUGCCCUGGUCUUAAUGACGUCAUCAGACAGAUUGUCAUCACACUUGAAAUAUAUGGUGUCAAACAGAUUGUGGGGAUUCCUUAUGGUUACCGCGGAUUUUCUGACAAAGAAUUAGCUGAAAUGGCACUAUCAAGGAAAGUGGUUCAAAAUGUUCAUCUUUCUGGUGGAAGCUUGUUAGGAGUUUCACGUGGAGGUCCCAGCGUUAGUGACAUUGUGGACAGUUUGGAGGAAAGAGGAAUCAACAUGCUUUUUGUUUUGGGUGGAAACGGCACACAUGCUGGAGCCGAUGCAAUACACAAUGAGUGCCGUAAGAGACGGUUAAGAAUGGCUGUAGUUGGUGUUCCGAAGACCAUAGACAAUGAUAUUUUGCUGAUGGACAAAACUUUUGGUUUCGAUACGGCUGUUGAAGAAGCUCAACGGGCAAUAAAUUCAGCAUACAUCGAGGCACAUAGUGCUUACCAUGGCGUUGGAAUUGUUAAAUUGAUGGGUCGUAGCAGUGGGUUCAUAGCAAUGCAUGCAUCCCUGGCUAGUGGACAAAUUGACAUAUGUUUGAUACCUGAGGUUCCUUUUCAAAUACAUGGCCCUCAUGGUAUUUUGCACCAUCUGAAAUACCUAAUUCAAACAAAGGGAUCAGCUGUGGUCUGCGUAGCAGAGGGAGCAGGGCAGAAUUUAAUACAGAAAACCAAUGCUACUGAUGCAUCUGGAAAUAUGGUAUUUGGAGAUAUUGGCGUGCAUAUUCAGCAAGAGACAAAAAGGCAUUUUAAAGAGGCUGGUGUUCCCGUUGACGUGAAGUAUAUAGACCCCACAUACAUGAUCCGUGCAUGUCGUGCAAAUGCAUCAGAUGGAAUUCUCUGCGCUGUGCUAGGACAAAAUGCUGUUCAUGGUGCAUUUGCUGGAUACAGUGGCAUCACAGUUGGCACUUGCAACACUCAUUAUGUAUACCUUCCAAUUCCAGAGGUCAUUUCUCAUCCCAGGCUGGUGGAUCCUAACAGCCGAAUGUGGCAUCGUUGCUUGACUUCCACAGGCCAGCCAGAUUUUAUCUAGCUACGUAGGCCUCAUCAGCCUCAGUUUUGAGAAAUCUAAGUUUCGAAGAGUAAGUUACAAUAAAAAAGAAAUAACCAGCCUCAGAAGGAAUCUGGUUUGCUCGCGCAUGCUGUAGAAGAAAUAAUACAAAACGAUGAUGACAUCCCCUCCGCUAAAUGUCUAGUGUAUAGCGUAACAGCUUCAGAGUCCACUCCGUCGUUUUGAACAUUAAAACUCGCCAAGUAAUUGGUGCUUGGUUCAUAAUGUACAUCAUUUGUUGUAUCCUAGAAUCCGAAUGAGGUUACUGAUGAAAUGAACCAGACCAAGCAUACUGGAUUCAAAUAUUAAAACUUGGGAUGCCUAUA